GUCCUGACCCUCCAGCUGCCAUGGAAGCCCAACCUGAGAAAGGUCAGAAGUCUUGCUCGAGGGUCUAGACCCUGUUUAAGAGGGUCAAGUCCUUACUCACCAACCCACCCCCCUCCUUGAACCUGGGCUGUACCCAUGUAUAUGGGUACGUGUUUGGGCACGUGCCUGAAAGCAAACUGGAGCAUCUCCCAACACAGCAGCGGACCGGGUCUGUCCUGCAGGUGCUGGACACUGGAGAGCAGCUGAUGGUCCCCAUGGCUAUCGUGGAGGUAGAUAAUGAGGGAGCCUUGUGGAAGUUUCUCCUCUCGGGAGCCAUGGCUGGGGCGGUGUCUCACCCGGGCCCGGCCCCUCUGGACUGUGCCAAGGUGUACAUGCAGGUCUACUCCUCCAAGACAAAUUUCAUGAAUUUGCUGGGAGGUAUACGGAGCAUGGUCCAGGAGGCGGGGUGGGGGUGGGGGUGCUGGUGUCUGCUUGCUCUGGUGGGCAAUGGUAUCAACGUACUCAAGAUCGCCCUGGAGUAUGCCAUCAAGUUCUCUGUCUUUGAACAGUGUAAGAAUUACUUCUGCGGAGUGCAUGAGUCCCCACCCUUUCAGGAAUGACUCCUUGCCAGCUCCCUGGCUGUGGCCACUUCCCAGAUGCUCAUCGACCCCAUGGAGGUGCUGAAGACAUGGCUGACCCUGUGCCAGACUGGCUAGUACAAGGGGCUGCUGGACUGCGCCAGGCAUAUCGCGGAGCAGGAGGGCACCCGCGUCCUUUACCGCGGCUACCUGCUGCUUGGCAUGAUUCCCUACUCCUGCACCGACCUGGCUGUCUACGAGAUGUUCAGGUGCCUCUGGCUGAAAUCAGGCAGGGACAUGGAGGACCCCAGUGGCCUGGUCAGUCUGUCGUCUGUGACACUGUCCACAACUUGUGGCCAGAUGGCCAGUUACCCACUGACUUCGGUGCGCACCAGGAUGCAAGCCCAAGACACCGUGGAGGGUUCGAACCUCACCAUGUGUGGAGUCUUCCGGCAGAUCCUGGCCCAGCAGGGCUGCCCGGGGCUGUACCAAGGUAUGACCCCCACGUUACUGAAGGUGUUGCCAGCAGGUGGCAUCAGCUACGUGGUGUAUAAAGCCAUGAAGAAGACCCUGGGCGUUUAAGCAGUGAACUAGGCAUACCCUGGACAGAAAUGGACAGGAGGAUCCAGUGUCCCCUGGCCCCAAAGAACCCCUCCAGGCUUGGGACCCAGGGUGGUUUUUGUCAGAAGCAGGCUGGGGGCCUGGGUCAGAAGAUUCCUGGAGGGACUUGCCUGGUGGCUCAGAGUUUAAGAAUCCACCUGCCAGUGCAGGGGACAUGGGUUCAAUCCCUGAUCCAGGAAGAUCCCACAUGCCAUGGAGCAACUAAGCCCAUGUGCCACAACUACUGAGCCUGUGCUCUAGAACCCGCGAGCCACAACUACUGAGCCCGUGUGCCACCUACUGAAGCCCGCGUGCCUAGAGCCCGUGCUCUGCAACAAGAGAAGCCACCGCAAUGAGAAGCCCGUGCACCACAACGAAGAGUAGCCCCCGCUCACUGCAACUAGAGAAAGCCUGUGUGCAGCAACAAAGACCCAACGCAGCCAAAAAUAAUAAUAAAUUAAAUAAAUAACUUAAAAAAAAAGAUUCCUGGAGCCUCCUCUCCAGGGUGCAGCCUGGGACUAGAUUGGACUCCAGUCUGACUCGCUGUGACUUGUCCUUGUUCCAGGGCAAAAC